AUGAAAGUUUUAUUGCCACAUCAUUUCGGAGACGGACCUUCCAGAAGCCCCAGUUGCUUCAAAUUUUUAAUUCUCACCCUAGUUUUACUGGGUUUCAUUCUUUUAUUUAUAUCAAUUACGAGAGAUUCGGAAAAUCUUGCAACGCCUGAAAAAAUAAAAUCAAGCGGAAAAUAUGAAGGCCAUCAAAUUUUCAAAGCAUUCACUGAUUGUGUUCUUCCAAAACUAAAUCCAUACCGAGGAAAUCAUGAUUUGUUCUGGUCGGCAUUUGUAAAUAAAACAUCAGAAUGUGACAACUUAAAAGAAUACGAGUCACUAACUAUUCGGCCAGUUGCUAACAAAGACGAAGUUAAAUUCAUAAUUCUUCCAAAUAAAGAGACAAACAUUACAAUGGUGACAUUGGGUAUUGGCCACGAUGUUAGUGGAGAAAUCACUCUGAAACAGAUUUGGCCAAAAACAGAGUUUUUCGGAGCCGAUCCAAGUUCAGAUAUCAACAAGGACUUGUAUGAGAAAGAACUCGGAGGAAAAUAUUUCCAGUAUGCUGUUGGAGGUCAAAAUGGGAUGCAAGAAGCUUUUGUGCUAGGCAAAAACGAAGGAGACUACCGUACCAAGACCGUGAUGCACAUUGGAGCAGAAAUUUUUUUUAGAGACGAAAUAAAGAAACAAAAAAUCGAUAUAUUAUGGAUGGACAUUGAAGGACACGAGUUUCCAGUUAUGGAUAUGCUUCAUCGAGAUGGCCCGUUUGAUAAAAAAGGUGUUAAAAUAUGCCAGAUCAACGUUGAAAUUCAUAAAGAUAUUGACAAUGGGAUCACUGGAGAAAGACAAAUGUUCCAUGAUUUUGUUUGGAAAUUAAUGGGCGAUGGCCGAUAUGUAAUGGUCAAACCAUUUUCUGUUUGGUUCUACCAUGAUUUUAUUCGCACUGUGCUUAUUAAUGUUUACGAUAAGGAGUGCACGGAUUUGUAUGUUAAAUGAAUGUGUUUCA